AGCUCUGGUCUGCUCCUCUUAGAAAGGCCGGAUGCACAAUGAACAUUAGGCCCGGAUCGAGCAGCUCAUCAUCUCUGCUGACACCCCAACAGGCCCCCUCGGGCCACUCUGAGCUGAUCUCUAUCCUUCAGGCUCCUUGCUUCCUUGGGUUCUCCUCAGCCCAACAACCGGCACAGCCAGAAUGAGCCUCUGCCAAAUGCUUGCCGUGGCCACCCUCUGGGCCUUUGGACAUGAAGCUCUAGAACUGAAGCAGCCUCAAGUCUCCCUCACUAAAGACCUGAGCACAACAGCACGUGUGACUUGUCAAGUGUCUAGCAGUCAGACCUUUGAGAGCAAAUACAUACACUGGUACCAGCAGAAGCCAAGCCAGCCUUUACAACAUCUGCUCUCUGUCCAGUCAACCAGCAUCCCCAGCCAAAAAUCCUUACAUGAGAUACGGAAGAAAUUUGUGGCAGAAAAGAAUAAAGACAAGGGAACCUCGAUCCUAACAAUAAGCAGCAUAACACGUGAAGAUGAGGUCACCUACUAUUGUGCAUGCUGGGAAGACGUGCCAGAUUAUCCAUACAUCAAAGUAUUUGGCUCUGGAACAAAACUCAUUGUGGCAGAUUCUGUUAUCAAAAAGAAACCACCAAAGCCCAUAUUUUUUCUCCCUACGUUGGAGGAGGUGAAGCAAAAAAAAUCUGGGACCUACAUUUGCCUGUUGGAGGAUUUUUUCCCCAAUGUUGUUAAAACAUAUUGGAAAGAAAAUGAGAACUCAAGCCCUCUGAAUGCACAGCUUGGACCUAUCACUAGGACCAAUGGUUCGUAUUCACAGGUCAGCUGGCUGACUGUACAAGAAGACAACUUGCCUAAAAACUUCACCUACUUCUACCAGCAUGAGGAUGUGGGCAUAGAACCUAUGGCAGUUCCUCUUCCUUCAGUUUGGGAAGUUUUCAAUAGAAGUCACCCUUCAGAUUCCUGUGAGAAAACUGAAGUCAAGGAUAAAGGGCUCCAGGAGUUGCAUUUUGCCAACACGUCGGCUUUUUAUACCUAUACCAUCUUACUUACAAAGAGUGCCAUCUACUUCACCAUCACCCUCUUCUUCCUGUACCAAAAGAGAGCGGCUGGGAGCCAAGAGACAAAGUAGGCAUGCUGAGACUCCCUUCAGCUCUCAGAGAGGGGAGGGUUUGUCUGCAUGCUCCAUUUCGUCUUCUGCAGGAGGUGGCCAGUGCCCAUAUUGUUGAUUCCCAUUAUUUCCCUUGUGCUUAGCAACGCAUCUUUGUUGUAACUUGGAAAACGCAAGUUGGUUUCUUUUAAUCUGUUGGACAAACAGGAAACUUUAGGUUGUAAGAAAUAUGUUAUUUUGGGUGCUUUGCUCUAGAUAGCUAUGUACCUCCUUAUGAUAGACCUUCCCCCAAUAAAAACCACUAAAGCUCUC